AUGCUGGUUAAGGACUCCUCGGAGAGCUUUUGGCUCUGUAUGAACACCACCAAUACCAUAGACGCUCUAGAUAUUGUAAUCUUUAUAACGGAGUUGUUGGGCCUCCUUCCAGGCGUCAUAGUAGCCGUGCUGCUCUGUCGAGUAGAUGGAAAAACCCGAACCAGUCUGUUGAUGCUUCGAACUCUUUCCAUAUGCUCUGUCUUACAACUGAUAAUUAACCUCCUCGGUGACAUUUAUCCACAUCAAAUACGCACUGGAAAUUAUGGUUUCAACAUCUUCCUAUGCGUAGUAUGGACAAGUCGUUUCUCCUUUUGGAUAUUCGCCAUAAUUGGAGCGCAUGCACUGAUUUACUUCUCCACAAAUCGUACUAUACAGAUUGUCGCCAAUCUUCAACUCUCCUUUGCAUCUAGUCGAAACAUUGACCUUGUCUACAUUGCAGGUUUGACCCUCUACAGCGCAAUAAUAACUGUGCCUCAAGUAUUCACACUAAACUAUGAUGGAGAUCGGUGUUAUUGUGACGAGGCCCUGAUGCGACUCUCCUUUCUCCAACUCGCCUAUGCUGAGGUCUACAUCUUCUUUGUUCAAGUUUUGUUGGUAAAUAGCUUGGUUCUACUGAUCUCUUGUUGUCUCAUCAUUAAGUGGGUUAAAAAGACACCUCGAGAAAAGUUUAUGGACACAUUGAACACUUUGAGUUUCCCUAACACACCAGAACAGGAGUUAAAAGCUUACAGUGAAAUGAAAGGCUGGUCCACCUCAACUAUGUGCAUAGUGCCCAUGUUUGUGUCCUACGUCAUCGCCUUCUCCUACGACUUGACAUACCAAUUCAUCAGUGCUGUUGGCUUUACUCAAUACCCCAUUAACGGCUACAAUCAGAAGAUUGGUGUUUGGAUUCAACUCCUCCAUCCCAUGCUUAUUCCCUACUUCCUCUUCUACUACAUUCCAGCAUUGCGAUUUUGGUUGUUGAAACGAUGGCGUUGGGUGGUGCACUUCUACCGACAGCAAAAUCGACAGCAUCCAUUGUAG